AUGAAUUGGAGUCAGCGAUUCCAGUCGGCCACGGCGCCAGGCCCAAAUCAGGUGACCCCGGGCGCAGUCGUGAUGGCCGCAGAUAGCGCAGGCAAUAUCAUACAUUCUGAGGCGCGGGGUAUGACCUCCGUCGAGCCUGAGCGCGCUCGACCAAUGACCGUGGACACCCCUUUGUGGAUAGCCUCAUGCACCAAGCUGUUAACCACCAUCGCCACCUUGCAGAUGGUGGAGCAAGGGAAGAUCGGCCUGGAUACGGAGGUCAGCCGCCACCUUCUCGAGGUUGGCGCCCUUGACAUCUUGACGGGCUUCGGGUCAGACAACCAGCCCCUGCUGCGCAAGCCCACCACACCCAUCACCGUCCACCACCUACUCACUCAGCAGAGUGGGAUGACCUAUGAUUUUUUGAAUCCCAACCUUCGAAGGUGGAGGGAGAUCCACGGCGAGGAGAUGUUGGACUGGGAAUGGCCCGUGCGCGAACGGUGCGUCACCCCACUGGUCUACGAACCGGGGGAAGGAUGGGCCUACAGUGUCUCCAUGGAUUGGGCGGGCAAGCUAGUAGAGAGGCUAAAUGGAGAUUGCCGCCUGGGGGACUACAUGCAAAAGCACAUCUUUGAGCCUCUCGGAAUGACAAUGGUCACCUUUCGCCCCCUCGAGCACGAUCGACUGCGCGAACAGCUGGCUGAUACAACGGCGCGCUCGGGUACGGGCGAACUGGUGAGUACGCAGCCCUAUUUUCGCGGGCCCAACCGGGACCCCGGCGAUGAUCUUGGCGGGGGAGGACUCUACUGCACCCCCGCGGACUACCUGAAAGUGCUGGUCUCAUUGCUCGCCAACGAUGAGAAGCUUCUCGGUCGAGCAACAGUGGAGCAGAUGUUCACCCCUCAGCUGAAGGAUGCACGCGCGCUUCUCUCAGUGACGCAGGAUCCCGAGCUAGGCCCCAUGGUCCGGGCCGGCGUUCCGAGUAAGGAUUGGCAAUAUGGUUACGGAGGGACCCUUCACACUGCAGACGUGCCGGGUAUCUGCCAUCGGGGAACGCUCUCCUGGCAGGGCCUGCCAAAUUGUUAUUGGUGGAUUGAUCGAACUUCCGCGACAUGUGGAUUAUACAUGUCGCAGCUAAUGCCCGCCGGAGACCCCCAGUCCAUGGACUUGGCCAUCGAUUUCCGGAGGGAAAUCUUCGCGCGGGUCAAUACGGGUACGAAUGGAGUCCUUGGCGGGUAAAUUUCACCGUCGGAUGUGCGGCCCUCGACUGGGAGUGAGUUGUUUCAAAGAUCUCAGUUAAGUCUAGCAACGUC